UGCACUGAGUCGGUGCCAUACCGUUACUCUGCUUCUGUCAAACCAACACAAGUUUUUUCUUUUCCAUCUAAUUCGCUCAUAGAAUAAGAGAUCUGAGCCAAAGCGGACGGUGUUUAGUUUUUUCUUUUUCUUUUUUUCCCUUCUUAUUCUCAUUGUUAAAGUUGGAUUUACCGGAGCCACAUGAACUGAGAGGAACUACACAAACCAGCCUGUUUUCCAGAUGCUGUUCAGAAGAUGAGCAGCACUGAAGCCCAGCACGGACACACCAACGGAACUGUCACCGGCAGUGUGGCCAGUGUAGAUAAGAGCCCCUUAUGAGGUGAAAAGCCCUCUUCAUUCUGCCGUAUCCCCUCCCAGCACCAACAGCAGGAAUAAGGAAUGUCACAGCCGUUCAUCCUUUGGGCAGUGUUCAUCCUCUCCUGCAGCGUCCAGGUGUGUCCUGCUGUUACCCUGGAUAAGCUGCAGGAGAGCUGGAAACUCUACACAGAGGAGUGUGACCGCAACAACAGCCGCGAUCCGCCCAGCACCGGUCUGGUGUGCAACAGGACUUUUGACGGUUAUGCAUGUUGGCCUGAUGGUCUUCCCAACACCACCAUCAGCGUGUCAUGUCCGUGGUAUCUGCCGUGGUACAAUGAAGUUCAGCACGGCAUGAUUUAUCAGGAAUGUGACGCAAACGGCCAGUGGGUUGUCACCAAGAAUACCAGCGAGUGUGACUCUAAUGAUCUCAGACCGCACUACUAUGGCUACAUCCGCAUCAUGUACACAGUCGGCUAUUCCUUAUCGUUUGUGGCUUUGAUUUUGGCCCUGGGCAUCCUCAUAUUCUUCAGAAAACUCCACUGCAUGAGGAACAACAUCCACAUGAAUCUGUUUGCAUCCUUCAUCUUGCGAGCGCUGUCAAUUCUCAUCAAAGACGCUCUGGUGGACGCCUUGCAGGACCUGAGCAGAGACCAGGACCAGGGAUUCCCCCGAGCCUCCAUGCCUCCAAUGGAGAUGCUGGUCAACAACGAGACGACGGUUGGCUGUCGUAUCGCUGUGGUGAUGAUGCAGUACAGCAUCAUGGCCAACAGCUAUUGGCUGCUGGUGGAGGGCAUCUACCUCCACAACCUCCUGGUCAUCACCGUGUUCACCGAGAGGAACUACUUCAAAAUCUACCUGUGCAUCGGCUGGGGUACUCCGCUCAUUUUCCUGGUGCCCUGGGUGAUGGCUAAAUACCUUUAUGAAAAUCAAGAGUGUUGGGGUCAGAAUAUAAACAUGAAUUACUGGUGGAUCAUUCGGUCGCCGAUACUACUCGCCGUCGUGAUAAAUUUCCUCAUUUUCAUCCAUAUCAUCAAAAUCCUUGUUUCAAAAUUGCGAGCGCACCAAAUGAGAUACACAGAUUACAAGUUCAGGUUGGCCAAGUCAACGCUCACCCUCAUCCCUCUGCUGGGCAUCCAUCAGAUGUUCUUCAUCUUCGUCACAGAUGAAACCACCACCAGCUCCAUGGGUCUGCGUCUCACCAAGCUCUUUGUCGACCUGUUUUUCUCCUCCUUUCAGGGUCUUCUGGUGGCCAUUUUAUACUGCUUUGUCAAUAAAGAAGUUCAGUCUGAGAUCUUAAAGAAAUGGAAGCGCUGGAAGCUAGGAAGGAACAUUGAGGAAGAAUACCGCCACACCUACAGCAACACCCCCAACACAAAAACCGGCAGUUUGUUGAACCACGUCUCACCGCUGCCUGAAACGUCCGCCCCAAUCUGCAGCCCCGAGGAGCGGCGCAUGCUAGUGGCCGGCUGCCACAACGGUAUGGUCAACAGUAAAGGCGCGGGGCAGUGCAUCUACCCGCUGCAAGAACGAAGCAUCGGAAACUGCACCCCGGCGGAAGACUUCAGCCUCGGAGAACUACCGGAGAAAAACCAGUGGGAGUGAUGAGGACACGGGUCUCAUCUGGCGCUAACAUACUGCCCUGGUUUGCUGUAAAGAGCUCAGAGCGGACUUCGCCCAGAGAUCAGAGCCACAGGGAGUCCAAGGACACUCAGCCCUCCUCUGCAGCCUCUACACGGGGAUGUCUAAUGUGCUGCGAAGGGAUUUCCACACAUGACCGAAACUGAACAACGGAACAACAGCAUCUCGAGGCAGAUUUUAGCUAUCAAAAUAAUAGGACGACCAAAAAAAAAAAAAAACCCUCAAACCUCAAAUCGCAAUGACACGAGGGGUGAAAAAAAAGAAAAAAAAAGACACAGGGUCCUUACAGCAGCCUCUCCUUGAAUUUAAGCUGUGUAUCAAAUGUGUGUUUUGUGGUACCGGAGGUUAAAGACAAAACUGGACGUUGAAAAUGCGUACUGAAAACAACCAAAAGUGGCACAAAACAAGAAUUUAAGGACAGGAGAGCGAACGGACAGAGGAUACAUGUAUUUUUAAGCUUUGCUCUAUCUGUAAAUGUUUCAUGUGUAUACUGACUUUAUGAAAAUACACAAAAAAAGACAGUUUUUUUUUUUUUUUUUUCGUUGUGUGUGUACCUCAUACACAAAGGUGUUUUAAGUGGUCCAACCCGGGGCCCAUGGGAAAUUGGCAGCUGCUCUCUCUAGGUCAUUCCUGGCUGACAUAUAGACAUUUAAAAGAGGUCAGGGGGUGGUAUGGAAUGCAUUAUAAAUAAGCUAAAAUGAUCACUGCUUUACUUAUUUACAUGUUUUACUAUAAAAAUAUGUUUUAUGUAGGUCUAAACCAUGAAUGACCGAGUGCUACGACUCUGUACAUACAUACACCAGGUGUUUUCCAGGGGAACGGUUACAGUUCUUGUCAAUUAAUUCUGAUUUCUUUGCCCCUUGCAGAUGUUGCCAGACUCACAACCUUGGCUAAUUAUAACAUGUACACUUCUGACUCAACCCCUCGAGACGAAAGUUGAUCAGACAAAUAAUGCACUCAAAUCAAGGUUAAAAAAACAGCAGAUGGACAUGACUUGUAAAGGGAGACAUGCAUAAAGUAUGAAUCCAACAGCGCGACUCAAAAUAACACGUCACCCCUGGCACUAGGGUGUUUUUCGCUGUGUUAAAUAUAGGCUGUCAUGCAUGCAGAUUUAGUGAGCUUAUAAGUCGUCAGUUGUGUGAAUCAUUCACUGAGGAUGUGUGCUGUACGGUGCCGUCACAUCAGUAUCUCCACUGUGCAAAAGUCAGUCAGACUGUGCUAAUGACUUCACCGUCUGCAGGGACUGUUUACUUAGAACAAAACUCUGCAGCCCGAAAAACAGAACAAACUCUCUCUAUUCUAAGCAUUUUUUUUUUUUUUCAGGCAAAAUAUGAGCAGCGGUACAUUUGUUUCUGAAUAUAUUACGUUUAUUUUGAAGAAGGGAGGCCUUCAGCAGAGAAUUAAUGAUCCAUUGAGUUGCUCAGUGUUUUGCCAGAACUAACUUAACUUGACUUUGUAUGACUAUUUGCACAAUGUUAAUUUAUAAUGGGUAAAUAUUGUGUUUAUAUGUGUUUAUAGAGGUGAUUUAUUUGAUUACUGUCAAUAUAUUUCAAGGCAUGCAUGUCUGUCUGUCUGUAUGUAUGUAUGUGUGCAUGAGUGCUUGUCUUUGUAUAGUUGUAUGGGCAAAUUUUAGUAUUCAUCUAUAUUUGCGAGGACAUUUUAGCACUGUGGAGAACCUUUAACAGUGAUGGUUUAGGGUUCGAUAUGUAAGAUUUGUGUAUUUACGCAAAGUCUGUGUUGUGUUCGGAACUGGACGUCUGUUGAAGUCAGUAAACUCUGUUUCUAAGCUAACAGUAGCUAAUGUUGCUGCUGUAGAGGAGCAGAAGAGACACCGAGGAAUGAGAAACAGGUUUAGUCCAUCACAGUUCACCCCACCAAAUCCAAUUUUCAUGAAAUUUGGUGUAUGGGUAAUUCAUAGCCAAAAAAGCCAAAAUUUAAAAUUUUAACUUUAUAGGACCAAUGCCUUUCGAGAUAUGGCAAUUUAAUUUUUUGACAUUUUUGCGAAAAAGGCCAUGGCAGUCUAAUUUCAAGUUGGUAUAACUCAGCAACCACUGGUCCGAUUUUAAAAAGCAAGGUAUUUCUGUAAAGGGGAGACCAUAAGGAAUCUAAAUCUAGCUUUUUUUGUACAUUUAGGUACUUUUGACAGAUUGAAUAACCUUUUGAUUUAUAUUUUGACCUUGAAAUUGACACUGUGGGACACACCCAACCUCUUUGACACCAUUAUGAAAAAUGUAGCCCUAUGUGUCAACUACAUUAUAUAUAAAAAAAAUGGAGGGGCUGAGGUUUAAAAAUGCCAUUUUAUUGGGUGAUCUGAGAUGGACUGACCCAACAUCCAAGACCAAGCAUAAGGAUUGUUGUGGAAAAAAUUAGCUGAAUCCAGGCUAACAUUAGCUUUCAAAUGGAGUUAGCUUUGUCAACAAACAACCAUCUCCAUAAAAAACUUACUGAAUACAGGCAGAUGUUACAUGUUCAACCUAACAAAUGCAUUAUAUCCUCGCAAUAAUAGAGUGACAUGACUGUCUGAGUGUAUUACGGGUGGGUAUGAAUGUGUUUGGUUUCAGUAUUUUAGAUUUGUAGACGUGUUACAGUCGUAUGAAUCACUCUGAGCUACAACCAGAGGAGUGAUGGGAUCAUAUAAACCAGGUCGACGGACUUAAAUGCUCAGUGUGUGAGAUUUGGAGGAAUUUAGGAAGAUUUGUUUGCAGAGAUGGAAGAGAAUUUUCAUAAUUAUGAUCCUAUUAAUGUGUAAUCACCUGAAAAUAAUGACUAUUUUUCUUUUUAAUGAUUUCAUUUGGUCACCAAUAUGCAACAAUAUGAUGUUUGAAUUCAUUUUCCAGAUUUUAACACCUGAGAAGUGUUCUCUUAAGGAUCUGAGUAUUGACCACAUCAAAACAGUGUGAAAUCUGAAGGAAAGGCAUCAGUUGCAAAUGAUUUAAUGACAUAACAAUCUUGUAAAAGAUGCAACAAGGAGAAAAUGUCCACAUUAUGGAACUUCAUGAUGAUUAUUACCAUAUGUGUUGUAAAUUAGGAGCUGAGGAGAGAUAAACUGUAUCGUUUGGGUCACAUGCUAAAAACACUGUCUUAAAGUGAGAUGUUUACAUUUAAAUAUGGAACAGGUCAGGUUUCACUGAUGCACUGUCCACAGUUUUUCUCUAAACUGGUGCUUUCUUACGACGGCGUGUUA